UGCCCGCGGAGAAGCCCAGCGGUGGAGAUCGGGCACUCGCUUGGAACCAGCGAGCUCGGCAAAGGCCUGAGGCGUCCCGAGACCUUCACUCGGUCCCGCUCGACCCUCGGAGGCCUUCGCGUUGGCGAGCCGGCCCCUCAGCGUGGGCCAUUUCCGAGGCACGUGGUUUCCAAGGUCCCCGCCGGGGUUGAGAAAAGUUUAUGGUUCGGGUCACAGCAGAAGGUAUACCGUUGCGGGAGGGCACCCACUGGAGACAGCACCGUACCUCCUUCGGAGCGAGCAGGGGUCGGAAGACCCGCGUUUUCCCUGAAACUCGUUCGGAUAGACGCACAAUGUGGCAACAGCCGACCGCAAAUCACAGGUCACCACUGCACUCCCAAAAGACAGAGACGUCAAGCCGCUUCUAAAGCCCCUGGAGUGUUCACCAGCCUCUCAGACGGGCGUGCACUCCCAGGCCCGCACAGCUCCUAGUCCCUGAUCGGCGUCAUCGUCGCCCUCGGCGACACUCCCGGAGUCCGGUCCCUUUAAGGCACCCUAGCGCCUCGAUCGUUUUGGUUUCGCGCGCCCGCCCGCAGCGCCGGCAGAGCGACCAUGGCCCGGGCGGCGCGCGUUGCUUGGAUUCUUGGCUUGAGCCGGUGUGCCCUGGCGGAGGGGCCGCGCACACGACCCUGGCCGCCAAUCUCGGCGCAGAGCUGGGCCGGCUUCACUAGGGCGGCGGCAGGAAGCCCGGGCCCCGCGGUCGGCAAGCGGAGCCCGCGGUUGUUGGGGGCGGCGGCGCUGGCCCUGGGCGGCGCGCUGGGGCUGUACCACACCGUGCGGUGGCACCUGCGCGCCCAGGACCUCCGCGCCGAGCGCUCGGCUGCGCAGCUGUCCCCGUCCAGCCACCUGCAGCUGACCCUGUACCAGUACAAGACAUGUCCCUUCUGCAGCAAAGUCCGUGCCUUCCUCGACUUCCACUCCCUGCCCUAUCAGGUAGUGGAGGUGAAUCCUGUUAGAAGGACUGAGAUCAAAUUCUCCUCCUACAGGAAGGUGCCCAUCCUGGUGGCCCAGGAAGGAGACAGCUUGCAACAGCUGAAUGACUCCUCAGUCAUCAUCAGCGCCCUCAAGACCUACCUGGUUUCAGGGCAGCCCCUGGAAGAGGUCAUCACCUAUUACCCACCCAUGAAGGCCAUGAGUGACCAGGGCAAGGAGGUGACCGAGUUCUGUAACAAGUACUGGCUCAUGCUGGAUGAGAAGGAGGCCCAGCAGAUGUAUGGCGGGAAGGAAGCCAGGACGGAGGAGAUGAAGUGGCGGCAAUGGGCGGAUGACUGGCUGGUGCAUCUCAUCUCCCCCAAUGUGUACCGAACACCUGCGGAGGCCCUGGCUUCCUUCGACUACAUUGUCCGCGAGGGAAAGUUUGGGGUUGUGGAGGCCACCAUGGCCAAGUAUGUGGGUGCAGCUGCCAUGUACCUCAUCAGCAAGCGUCUCAAAAGCAGGCACCACCUGCAGGAUGACGUACGUGCAGACCUCUAUGAGGCAGCCAACAAGUGGGUGACAGCCGUGGGCACCGACCGGCCGUUCAUGGGGGGUCAGAAGCCUAACCUUGCUGACCUGGCAGUGUAUGGUGUGCUGCGAGUGAUGGAGGGUCUGGAGGCUUUCGAUGACCUGAUGCGACACUCACGAAUCCAGCCUUGGUACCUACGGAUGGAGCAGGCCAUUGAGGAAGCCCCCUCAGUGCACUGAGCUGCAGAGGCUAGCUACUGAGGGGCUAAGACCUCCUGACCAGCCAGUCCCUGGCCGUGCUGGUAGGGGCCAGAGUCAUUUUGUCUUUGGUCCACCCAGCCCCCUGGCCCUCUACUGGACAUUUCCAGGGACCUUGACACUGGGGACAAGGCCCAGGCUCACAGCUAUUCUGAGGGUAAUGGGUCAGGGGUCACAGCACAACCCUCCAACCCCAGUUCCAGAAGCCUGCUCUCCCAACGGGGAUUCCUUUUCAACUUUCCCAGGGCUCAGUGGCUCCUUGUUGGCGAGGAUCAGACUGGCUCCCACCCUGGACAAGGGGAGGGCAGUCUGCAUUAGGGAAGGCCCUGUCCCCAUGUCUCCUGGUUCCAGCUCUUCCCAGGUACUCCUGGGACUACUGUAUUGGCAAUAAAGGAGAGGUCUGCUGCUCCCCUCU